CAUGUCCGUUCCGAAGCAGAGGUUAAUGGACUUGUUGAAAGUCCGCACACGAAUCUUUUCCGCCGUAUUCAAUCCCACACAGGUUCGUCAAGGCACAUUUGUGCUACGACAACGUCUUCGCGGGCCGUCCGUCGAAUCCUACUACCCAUUGAAACAUGCGUCCAUCAAGAUGAUGCGAAAAGCAUAUCCAGGAUACGAAUUUCCAGAUGAAUACGAGGAGAAGAGGGUUGCGAAGCUUGAAGAUCGAAGGUCGAAGGGCAAGGGUGCGCCGAAGAAGUUGAAAGGACAGAAUAUGAAUAAACGUAAGAAGAAGAAGAAGUAGGCGAGUCAAGUGAGGGAGUCAUGGAGGUUUCAGCGGCUCAAUUUACCAAGUAUGUUGGGAUAGAUUGAACCCCAAGAAUCAAGUCAAGCUACUAAAAG